AUGCGCGCUUUGGCCCAAAAUGAAGUUGAACGACAUAUGUUGCACUGUCCGACCGUGGACAAUUUAAGGCACUGGUCCAAAACCUACAGCGCCAAACCUCAUCUUGCUGGGGACUUGCAGCACGCGGAAUCGAUCCGAGAUCUGUGGCGUUCAUAUGGCGUCAAGACUGAACUUGUUCGUUACGAUGUCCUCCAGAACUUUCCGGCCAGAUCGUCCCUCAAGUUAUUAUCGGAGGAUGGUGCUAUCGCAUUUGAGGCCAGUUUGAAGGAAGACGAGAUCGUCGAAGAUCCAACCUCGUCACAUGCGAAUGGGCUGCCGUCAUUUCACGGUUUCAGUGCUAACGGCCAUGUUACAGCUGAGAUAGUGUACGCAAACUUUGGGACAUUGAAUGACUUCAAAUUGCUCGAAAGCAAGGGUAUAUCGGUCAAGGGGAAGAUUGUCAUCUGCAAGUACAGCAAAGUGUUCAGAGGCUUGAAAGUACGUGCGGCGGAGAAGUUUGGAGCCGCCGCAGUCCUCAUAUACAGUGACCCGCAGGAGGAUGGCGAAUUCACGGCCGCGAACGGGUACAAGCCGUACCCUGACGGGCCAGCUCGUCAUCCAACCAGCAUCCAGCGAGGGAGUGUAGACUUCUUCUCCAUUGCUGUCGGCGAUCCCACUACGCCUGGCUAUCCCAGCUUGCCUGGGCCAGGGACGGAACGCAGAGAUCCAAAGGGUGCAAUUCCAAGCAUACCCUCGUUACCGAUAUCAUUCGCAGACGCGCUGCCGUUACUAGAGUCGCUUAACGGCCGUGGUCUUUCUCCCGAAGACGUGGGCGGGAUAGGUACAGAUUGGCGUGGAGGGCUGCCGGGCGUAGACUACUGCACUGGUCCAUCGGUAGUCAAGGCUUCGGUUCUCAAUCAUGGCGAGUACCGCUACUCUCCUAUAUACAACGUGAUCGGAACCAUCCCCGGACGGACUAAAGAGAUUGUGAUGCUAGGGAAUCAUCACGACUCAUGGUGUUGCGGUGCCGUUGAUCCAGUCAGUGGAAGUGCCGCGAUGAAUGAGGUGGUGCGCGGGCUCGGGGAGCUCUGCUCCGCCGGUUGGAAGCCGUUUCGAAAACUAGUCAUUUCAUCGUGGGAUAAUGAAGAGUACGGCUUAGUAGGCUCUACCGAGUUUGCGGAGGAACACGAGAGUGAGCUCACUGAACACUGUGUUGCCUAUCUUAACGUCGAUGAAUCUACCAAUGGGGGAACUAUACUAGGUGCAAUAGGUAGCCCCUUGCUCGCAGAUGCAUUAUCUACCGUCAUGCGCCUUGUGCCCUCUCCCGUACAUGACUCUACAACGGUCUAUGACGACUGGGCGAGCUUGGAGAAAGAAUAUCGCGAAACUGCGCCAAAGCCAAUGUCUUUGCUUUCUCCCAUGGGUACUGGAAGUGACUACACUGCGUUCUUCCACCACAUGGGCAUUCCGUCGUUAGACCUCGUCUUCAACAAGCGCGGAACGGCAGUUUAUCCUUACCACUCCAACUACGACAGUUACCUCUGGAUUGAGAAGUUCGGCGACCGAGGAUUCAAGAAGCAUCUUGCCAUGGCCCGGUUAUGGGGUACCCUGGCAGUGCGGCUUGCGGGCAUCCCGCUUCUCGGCUUCAAUGCCCGCGACUACGCGGCGACGCUCGAGAAACACGUGAAACACCUUCACGCAAAGAAGGUUGCUGGGCUAGAACUCACCGCCCUUGAGGAUGCAGUAGCUGAGUUCGCAGAAGCCACUGCUUCUCUUGAUGAGUUAGGCGGAGGUAGUGAUCUCAUGACAGUGGCGGGGACAAUCGUCAGUCGCACCCAAGUUGGCGUCGAUGAGAUUAACAGACGCUACCGGGGAGUGGAAAAGAGCUUUAUACUCAAUGCACAAGAGGGACUACCGGGCAGGCCGUGGUACAAGCAUCUGAUUUUCGCGCCGGGUCUUUGGGCAGGUUAUGACGGGGUAGUCUUUCCAGGCAUUCUUGAAAGCCUAGAAGAUGGCGAUAUUGGUGCAGCCAACGAGUGGGCUGUGCGCAUCGCGCAGAGGAUCAAGAAAGCUUCAUUGGUUGCCACUGGGCAGGAUAGACAGCAGAGGUAG